UCCUCACAUGAACAUCAUUCCUACAACUUGUGGAUAUUUUUUAGUUCCAAUGAAGCCGAUCAGACUGCAUUUUAAUACCAUUCAAAAGAAAUGUGUAUCACGUUCUGAUGUUCCUGGUGUGUGACUUGGGACCCUGACUUCGUUGGAGGUCCUUCUUGUGUUGUCUGUCACUGAGGUAAUCCAGUCCACGACGCGGGACAAUGGCUUCAAAACAACUUCCGUCUACGUGGCACUUUUGUCACGAUGGAGUGAGAGUGUGGUGGCCCACACACCUGCCGGCCUCUGACCUGCUGGUGGGCGGGGCUCUGCCUCACUGUGAGGUAACUACCUGACGUCUGCGUCAUCCACUGGCAGAAAGACGAGGCUGCAGCCAUGUAGCCUCCUGCUCCCAAUUCCUGGCUACACAGACGUUCCCCCUUCCGCGCCGAUGGUCGGUUCCACCUGAGCGAUGGGCUGCGGGAGCGGUAAGAUGCCGCCCGAGGCGUCCAAGAAGAGGGGCUACGUGGGUGUGGUGCAGUCGUUCGUGGCCUUCAGCAGGGGACGCGGCAGCGAUCACGGCGACGAGCCGAAGAAGAAAGUGGAGAGGCAAAGAGUGAGCACGUGGUUUUCCAGCGGGGUCAAGAGUCGUCGUCCGCCACCGCCGCCGCCGCCGUCACACGGCCAGCAGCUGAUCCCCAGGGAUGGACGACCACAGGACAAAGCUGCCAAGUACAAGGACAAGUUUGAUCCACGCGUGACGGCGAGGUACGACAUCAAAGCCCUGAUCGGUCGCGGCAGCUUCAGCCGCGUCGUGCGAGUGGAGCACAGGGCGACGCGCCGGCCGUCCGCCAUAAAGAUGAUGGAGGUGGAGGCCCCCGAGGGCCGCGAGGUGUGCGCGGCCGAGCUGGCCGUGCUGCGGCGGGUGAGCCACGCCAACGUCAUCCAGCUGGUCGAGGUGUUCCAGUUUCCGCGGCGGGUGUACAUGGUGCUGGAGCUGGCCACGGGCGGGGAGCUGCUGGACCGCGUCGUCAGCAGGGGCCACUUCACGGAGCGGGACGCCACGCAGGCCCUGCGGAUGGUGCUGGCCGGGGUGGGGUACCUGCACGGUCUGGGCAUCACCCACCGAGAUCUGAAGCCCGAGAACCUUCUGUACUACCACCCGGGAGCCGACUCCAGGCUGCUGGUGACCGACUUCGGACUGGCCACUUUUGGCGGCGCCGGGCCGGAGGUUUGGGACAGUGCCACGGGCGACGGGGGGGAUCAGACCGGCGCCGAGCGGUCGUCGUGGUCCCUGAGGACCACUUGCGGAACACCGGAGUACUUGGCCCCUGAGGUGCUGCUCAGGAGACCCUAUUCCUGCGCGGUGGACAUGUGGGCCCUGGGCGUGAUCACCUACAUCGUGCUGAGUGGAUCGAUGCCGUUCGAGGACGACAGUCGCACGCGGCUCUACAGAUCCAUCGUGAGAGGAAAAUACAGCUUCCACGGAGAUCCUUGGCCCUCGGUGUCCAACGCGGCGAGGGACUUCAUCCAGCGCCUGCUGGCGUCGGACCCCGCCGCCCGCCCCGCCGCCGACCAAGCCGCGCGGCACUCCUGGGUGGUCACCAUGGCCGCCGGCUCCUCCGUCAGGAACCUCCACCGAUCCAUUUCCCAGAACCUCAGGCGGCGGGCUUCGCGCAGCGGCUCCUCCCGGUGCCCGAGCAGCGCGGCAAGCUCCGGCGGCGGCGGCGGCGGGCGCGGGAAGGCCAACGUCGUCGGGAAGUGAUCGGAAGGAGCAGAGCAUCUGCACCGAUGCAGCCUCGGAGAGCCAUUCGACAUCCGGCUGCAGGAGCAUCAUCGCCAUCCGACUACGGCGUGGGAUUCAUGGGAAGGCUAAUGGAAGGGACGGGACCAGCUGCUCCAUCACAAACCUCUCCGAGCUCCAAAGUGCCGGGGACCAGGUGCCUCCCUUCUUCUCUGGACUGUCCGUCAGGCUUCUCUAAUAACCCGGGCUCCCCCCUAAAGGGAAGUGUUCCACCUUCCGUCGUGGUCGAGUUAAGCUGCCGGCGAUUAUCCCUCAGUUCUGAGCCGGCGCCGUCCGCCGCCACGAGGUCUCCGGCCCCUGUGUUGUUCAUCGGCUCAGACUAAUGGGUUCGGGGUCUCAACUGGGUCAUUACCACAUUACCUGCCUGUGAAGAUGUUCCAAAAAAUUGGAAUUCAUCAUCGGGGGGGGCUAAUAUUAGCAAGGAUCAUAGUAGUAUAGCAGAGAGAAAAACCUCCUUUUCCCUUUUUUAAUUUUAUAAUAGAUUUUCAAUCCCCGCCACAUAAUCAGAAGGAAGAUUUGAUUUCUUUUUUUCUGCUACAUUGCAGCACCCACGGUCCUUUGCAACCACUGAAAGCACAAAUCCAGAUAUUUGGUGACGAGUUAAAAAGGAAACUCUGGAUUUUAAGGAGCUUUCAUUUCUCCCCCAAAGCAUUAUGUAAGCCUGCAAACAAAAGCAUUUUUUUUUCCAAAUAAAGCUUUUUUCUUCUUUUUCCCACUGAGAACUUUUAAAUUGAAAUUGUAAUAGAAGUAUGUGACACAUAAAAGGGGGGGGGAAGAGUUCGUAGAGCGCGUUGAAAUGUGAGUGGGAUGCAAAACAUCAUUACCAAUGAAGUUCAGUCGUGUCUAGUAAUAUCACACGUAAUAUAUCUUGUGUUUUUUUUUAAUCAUUUGUGAUUUUGGUUUCAGUUGCUACGCAGACGGAGUCACCGAGUCUGGAUGCAAGAUAAAGAGGGGCUAAAAGAAGAUUGGAUUUUUUUUUUAAUAAUAACACUUGAGGGAAACUUUUUUUUCUAUUUUGAGAAUGUAUCACGUUUCCAUCUGCUCUUUGGGACAAACUUCAAUCUAUUGAUGUUUUAUUGAAAACGAGAAUCUAAUAAGAGACAUUUGAG